AUGAAGGUCUUUUCUUCCGAAUGCACGUUCGACUACUCGUGGGACGAAGUAUCAACGGCGAACUGGCGCAAAUACUGUCCUUGGAAUGAUAAGUCUACACACGUCGUGGGUGUAGACACGCUCUCUCGGACCGUCGACCCGAGCACUGGCAUUUUGCGAACCGAGCGCCUUAUCACGUGCGAUCAAUCUGUACCAAAAUGGGUGCUCUCGAUUCUCGGUGGAACGAAUACAUCUCACGUCUACGAAGUCUCUUAUGUUGAUCCAGUCGCAAAGAAGGUGACCAUGUGCUCUACCAAUCUGACAUGGUCGAACGUCCUCAGCGUCCGUGAGACUGUUAUCUACCGCCAAUCCUCCCUUAGCCCAGCCACCACAACCGAAUUUAGCCAAGAAGCAAAAAUCACUGCUCUCUGCGGUGGAUGGCAAAAGAUCAAGAACAAGGUCGAAGAGGCAAGCGUGGAUCGGUUCCGUGAAAAUGCCAAGAUUGGCCGCGAAGGAUUCGAAACCGUCCUCGAGAUGAGCCGCCGCGUCUUCGGCGAACAACGCGAACUCGAAAAGCAAAGCCUUCAGUCAUGA